AUGUCCAACGACCGCGCAACUUCUCCCAUCUCCGUUCCCUCCUCCCACCAACGCAGGGCAUCUCUCGCCUCCUUCUCGUUCGGUAGUCCUCCAGCUGCCAACGCUGCCAACUCUUCCACCGCUCCUCAGCAGCGGAGACUCUCCAUUACCACCCUUGGCCUAGCAGGCUCUCCCACCCAGACCUCUCCUUUCAACGGCAGACACUUCAGAGGCGGUAGUGUCUCAAGCUCGGUGGGAUCCAACCCCACCUCCUCUGAGGACUCGAUUAAUGAGGAAAGUGAGCUGGCUGGCGCCACUCCUACCUCUCCUUUCGCCCGGCGGGUCUCUUAUGGUGCACAGGCGCUGCGUGAUGUUCGGAGGGGAAGCGUUAACAAUGACGAACGCUUCAAUUGGUCUGAAGCUUUACGCACCCGGGCCGAACGUGCUCCAUCCCUGAGUGCUAUUCAACAGAACCAGAAUGUGGCCAACGCGAACCGUCAACGGGAACAGGAACGUGCAGUUCAAAUUGCCACGAUGGAGCAACCCGUCCGAGAGAUUCCAAGGCAGCCCAAGCACAAAAAGCCGGACUUCUUCCAGGAGAAGAUCCUGCGAGGAGACUUUAUGGACUGA